UAAACAAAGUCAAUUUAAGCAUACAGGAUAAAGGGCUGUGUGUAUUAGAAAUACAGUAAACGAAUUAGUUUCCAUUUUUAGUAUUUUUUUUGCAAAUGCCACCUAAACUCUCUAAGAAAUCCGCCUCAAAAGCUAAGGUGGGUCGGGCGGUGAAUCCUAUUGAGGAUCUCAAAUCCUUACAGAACAUGGAUGAGGUGUUGACUAAGGCCCAACAGCUACGCAAUUAUUUUCAGGUAGAACGUGAUAAGGUUAAUGAAAUGUGGGCAAUCACCAAAAAGGAACUUUCUAACGAAGAAGCACGUCUUAGUAACACUGAGAGUGAGUUAGUGGAGCUCGAGCGCAACCAUCAAAUCGAAAUGAAGGUGUACAAGCAAAAGGUGCGACACUUGCUUUACGGCCAAAAACUUUCUGUUAAGCAACUCAAGGAGGAAAGUGAUGCAGCUUUGCAACAAGCCGAGGUACUCCACGAAAAAAUAAUGACUGAGAUUUAUUCAAAGAAGCAGCUCCACAGCAAAGAAAUGCAAACUGCGCUUGAGACGAACGCGGACUAUAUUAUGGAACAACAUGAUACACAUCAGUAUAUGGUCUCUGUCACCAAAAAACAAAAUCAUGAAAAGGAAUUGGCGCGACUUCAGUCCUCAUAUGAAGCAAAGUUAGUUAGCUUGAGAGAAGACCUGGAACUGCGACGUCGGGCGGAGGUCAAUGAUAUUGAGGAGCGUUGGAAUGAACACAUUAAUCACUUAAUUCAUCAGCAUGAUGAAAAAUUUGCAGAGAUGAAGUCCUACUAUAAUAACAUAACCAAAAACAAAUUAGUGAUUAUCCAAGCCCUCAAGGAUGAAAUAGUUAAUAUGAAAAAAAAUGACGUCAAUAACGAAACGCUUAUCUAUGAUAUAGAAAAGGAAAAUCAGAACCUAAUUGCGCCGUUAGAGCAAGCCGAGCGAGAGGUUACCGAGCUCGAACUCAAAAAGAAGCAGCAUUUUCAGGACAAACAGAGCUUGAGCAUGACUCGUGCACGAUAUAAAAAUCUCUGUGAUGAACUUAAACGAUUAUGUGAACAGCACCAUCAACUGGAGAUAGAUUACAAAAAAGUGUACGACGAGCGUGAGGAUCUAAAAGUAAAGUUUGAGUCGUCUUUACGGGAGGCCAUGAAUGUUUUAGACGAAGGGAAUGCGGGUUUGCAACAGUGGCUACUGGAGGCUAAUGCAAAGAUUGAGGAACGUGAUGCACAGCUGGAAGGAAUUUUGAAGGCUUUACAUUUGGAGCCCUCCGUGAUGCGGGCGGUAUCCGACGAGAUUGAUCUGGAUCUGUCGCAUAAGAACCAAACCAUAAAGGAUCUAUAUUUUGAACUUAAGAAAAUGGAAAGCAAGACAAAUGAGCUUCUCACAAUCUAUGAGUGCCGCGCACAAACCUUAGGGAUACCUCUUCUAGAUCUCAGGAAGCUUGCGCAGGCAUAACAACACAUAAACCGAAGAUUGGGGAUCAUUUUUCAUUUUCUAGUGUUGUAAAUUCUGCUAGUCUUACAAAAAUCUCAAUGGUCUUCCAUUCUCCGGAAGAUUAACACCCUUUCAAAAUUAAUUCUGAAUAUAUAUAUAUAUAUUUCCAGAAUCCAUAUGAAUAGUUUAGAAUGUAUCAAAGUAGAAAUGUAAUGUCGAGGGACUUAGGAACAUUCAAA